AUGAUUUCCUUGUACCACUUGUCGUGGCUCGGCUUGAUGGCAUUUGUUCUGCAUUAUGUUGCUGGGGUCUUGUCAAACCGUCAACGUAAACAGGGCGCCAAGGUGCCGCCUGGGCCAAAAGGAUGGCCAUUUCUUGGAAGCGCGCCGACACUAGCUGCCGUCGAUGUUAAUGGUAUUAUCGGCAUCUUUAAAAAGUGGGCAGAGCAACAUGGCUCCAUAACUCAGUUCAGCGCCAUGGGGGACAAGCAAGUAAUUCUUACUGAAGAGAAGGAUGCAAGAGAGUUAUUUGUUAAGCGGGGAACGAAGUAUUCCGAUCGUGGAGCCCCCCAUGCUGUGGAAUAUAUUUCCAUGAAACAGAAUCCUGGUUUCAGGCCUAAAGACGAUGGAUGGCGUCGCCAAAGAAGCAUGAUACAAAGCGCUAUCAACAUCACCUCCAUCAAUAAAUAUCAGAGCCUUAUGGACGAUGAAGCGACUUUCACCUUGAGCGCACUUCUACAAUCACCGGAUUCAUUUCAUGGAGAGUUCUUGCGAUACUCCUACUCUGUGUUGACGUCCUCGUUGCUCGGCUUUUCAGUCCGCAGUCCAUCUGACCCUUUUAUCGACCACAACGAAACAUUCACCGCUGAACUCAUGAACUCAUUCCGCCCUGACUGCUUCCCUUCCAAUGUGUUCCCGUUGCUAAGGAAGAUGCCGAUGUGGCUUAUGCCAAGCUUGAGAACUAUGGAAAGGCUUAGGAAAGAGUAUGUAAGCGAGAUGUGGGCUUUCAGAAGCAAGAUUGAGAAGCUUGUCAAGGACGGCUCAGCGACAGAGUCCAUCUAUAAGCGCUUCCUUCUCAACCGAAGCGAGUAUAGCGUCACCGACGAAGAGUCAGUUCAUACUUUCCAGGCUAUGAUUGACGGUGGAACUCGCUCUCCCCACAACAACCUACUUACCUUCUUAUUCCUCAUGAUGGAGUUCCCUGAAUGGCAGAAGAAGCUCCAAGGGGAGGUUGACAAGAUCGUUGGCAAGGAUCGAAUGCCGAGUUAUACGGACAUUCCCAGUUUGCCCACUGUGAGAGCUAUUGUGAAAGAGACUGUCCGAUACAGAAGUAUUGUUGCCGAAAUGGGCAUUGGACAUUGCUUGCAAGAGGACGACAUCUACGAUGGCUACUUCUUUGAGAAAGGAACCGUAUUCAACGCAAUAUUCGCGUCUAUUCUCAUGGACAAAGAUAUCUAUCCAGAUGGCAAAACUUUCAAUCCUGCCCGCUGGCUUGAGCCUAGUUACCCGACCUACAAGGAACCCCUAACCACGUAUCCGAAUUGUCAAGGAUUUCCAGCAUUCGGUUAUGGUAGGCGCGCAUGCCCAGGUGUUGACUUUGCAGAGAGAACAUUAGUCAUCAUGUUUGCAAAGCUGGGAUGGACGCUGAAUAUUGGAUGGCCGACGGAUGAGGACGGUAACGAACUUCGGGAGGAAUUACAGUAUGAACCAGUUCCAGCCCCGAGACCAUUGAAGUUUGGUUGCAAGCUUGAGGCUCGAGACGCAUAUCGAACCAAGAUAGUUGAGGAGGCAGCCGGGCAUUUAAAUCUACGAUGA